ACAUCAGCUGUUGUUGGAUUGUAUGAUGGUUGCGCUGCAGUGAAACAGUUUUGGCCAGUCCCGUCCACGCUUCAGCCGGGCAUCAUGAACCUCGGGAGCCGGAGUCUGAAGUUUGUUAUUUUGACAGCACUUCAGGCUUUAUGUGUCUCGGUCCCGGUGUGUGGCGGUGUGCUCUCCAGGUCUGCUGAAGGGAAUCUUUUGAGCAUGACUGUUCAACACAGACCAACAGCGAAGCAGAAACACUAUGGGACCACAGUACCACUCCAGCUUGUUGGACAAGACUGGAAACCGACCAGCCAGCUCAAAUCCCAGAGACACCCUGCAUCGCUGAAGCUCCUGAUUGAAGCGGAAGGUGAGCAGCUGCUCUUGGCUCUGGAGAAAAACGAGGGGCUGUUUGCAAGUAACUAUAUAGAAACCCAUUACCUGGAAGAUGGAAUUGCGGUCACAGGCUCUCACAACUUCACGGCAAACUGCUAUUACCACGGUGAGGUGGAGGGUCAUGUCAACUCGGACGUCAGCCUCAGUACCUGUGCUGGUAUCAAGGGUUUCAUAACGCUUGAAGGCAAAUCCUACGUACUGGAACCAUCUGCUGAUCACUCCGAUGGGACUCACUGGAUCUACACAGCUGAACACCUCAAUUUUGCCUCUGGCACCUGUGGCCAUGAUUUCAACAUAUCCUACCCCAUUGAACAUGCAGACAGCAGUCCGUUCAGGGCUUUCGGCACAAGGCAUAAACGCCACGUCCAGACUACGACGAAGUAUGUGGAGCUGAUCAUUGUGGCUGACAACAGAGAGUUUCAGAAGCAAGGCAAGGACAUGGAGAAGGUCAAGCAGCGACUGGCUGAGAUCGCCAAUUACGUGGACAAGUUCUACCGGGCUCUGAAUAUCCGUGUUGCCUUGGUGGGCCUGGAGGUGUGGAGUGAUGUGGACAAGUGCCCCAUCACCCAGGACCCCUUCACCACCUUGCAUGAGUUCCUAGACUGGAGGAAGGUCAAGCUGCUGCCCCAGAAGCCUCACGACAACGCCCAGCUAAUCAGUGGGGUCUAUUUCCAGGGCACCACCAUUGGUAUGGCACCCAUCAUGAGUAUGUGCACAGCAGAGCAGUCGGGAGGAAUCGUCAUGGACCAUUCGGACAACCCCCUUGGCGCUGCAGUCACUCUGGCCCACGAGCUCGGACACAACUUUGGAAUGAACCAUGACACCCCAGAGAGGGGGUGUGGCUGCAGGGUGACCGUGGAUCGUGGAGGCUGCAUCAUGACUCCCUCCACGGGGUAUCCGUUCCCCACAGUGUUCAGCAGCUGCAGCAAGAAGGACCUCACGGCCAGUUUCGAAAAAGGCGUCGGGAUGUGUCUGUUCAACAUGCCUGAGGUCAAGGUGCUCUACGGUGGGCAAAAAUGUGGCAACGGCUACGUGGAGGAGGGAGAGGAGUGUGACUGUGGAGAGCUUGAGGAAUGUAUGAAUCCCUGCUGCAACGCUUCUACCUGCACUCUGAAGGGGGAUGCUGUUUGUGCACAUGGACAAUGCUGCCAGGACUGUCAGCUGAAGCCAGCAGGCACUCCGUGCCGUGAAUCCAGCAACUCUUGUGAUCUGCCUGAGUUCUGCACCGGCACCAGCCCUACCUGCCCCUCCAACGUCUACCUGCAUGACGGCCAUGCCUGCCACAACGUGGACGGCUACUGUUAUAACGGCAUCUGCCAGACUCACGAGCAGCAAUGCAUCACCCUGUGGGGACAAGGAGCAAAGCCAGCUCCGGGCAUCUGCUUUCAAAGGGUCAACUCAGCAGGAGACCCCUAUGGCAACUGUGGCAAGGACUCCAAAGGCUCCUUUGCCAAAUGUGAUGCACUAGAUGCUAAAUGUGGCAAAAUCCAGUGUCAAGGAGGAGCUAGCCGCCCAGUAAUUGGUACCAACGCUGUUUCCAUAGAGACAAACAUCCCCAUGCAGGAAGGGGGAAGGAUUUUGUGCCGAGGCACACAUGUCUACCUGGGCGACGACAUGCCCGACCCCGGCCUGGUCCUGACGGGGACCAAGUGUGGAGAUGGACUGAUGUGUCUGAAUCGUCAGUGCCAGAACGUCAGUGUCUUCGGCGUGCAUGCGUGCUCUGCCAAGUGCAGCAGUCGAGGGGUGUGCAACAACAACAAGAACUGUCACUGCGAGGCUCACUGGGCCCCUCCCUUCUGCGACAAGGCAGGUCUUGGAGGGAGUGUGGACAGUGGCCCCGUCAGAUUAGCAAACAGUCGGAAUCUGACAGUGGGCAUCCUGGUGGCCCUCCUCACUGUGCUGGGAGCUGGUCUGAUCAUCUGCAUCAAGAGGAAAGCUCUACUGGGCCUGCUCUUCACCAGUAAAAAGAACCCAAUUGAGAAGCUCAGAUCAGUAAGUGCUGCAAUCAGUGGACCGCCGGCUCCGAACCAGCCCCCGUCAUUGAGCGCGACGUCUCCAUCGCGACCGGCCCCGCCUCCGCCACACAGCGCCGCCAUCUUCAAGCCUCACCACCGGGGGCCAGAGGCGGUGCUCCCACCGGCCCCCUACCCUUCCCACUGCCUGCGCAGACUGCCCCAGUGCCCCCCGGUUCACCUCAGCCACCCUGUUCCUCUGUCUCUCACCCUGUCCCUCUCCCCUGGCCCCGGGCUGGCGAGACCCCCGUUGCCUCCACCUCACAUCCAUGUCGCACCCCGGGGGGCGUCCUUUCGAAGUGGGUCCCGCCAUAACUCCUGCAGGAUGGUCAUGGAGUUGGAGAAGCCCAGUCCUCCUCAGAAGCCCCUUCCUGCCGACCCGAGGAGCUCUCGUCUGGUUCGAAGUUCCUCUGUAAUCCAAGGGCCCUCUUCUGUUUGCGGCCCUGCACCCACACCUGGUGUGCCCAGACCUGUGCGCCCUUUCCCACACCCCAACAGACCCAGUCCCAAGCAACCACCAACACUACCAAAGCCUUGCAUAAUUGCCAACGUCAAAUACAGCAGCUGAGAAGAUAAGGGACGGAAGGGACAAUGUUGUGAUGAGACACUACAAGAAUUUGCACUAUGAAAACUCUAAAAACCUUAAAAAAAGAUGGCGGCUUCUCUUGAGUAUUGAAUGAGGAGAUCGGCCGUGUCCCUUUGGUGCUCUGUCCCUGAAUGGUGCUACAAGUCUGUGCUCAGGUACAUGUAAAGUAUUUAUAAUCUGUAUUUAUUGCCACGCAGUGCACUGUGCCAGACACUUUUACUACACGGUAGCAACUUUGAAUUUUUUAUUUGUCGCUUGCGUCGGUUCUCACAAUAUUUUUUCCCGCCUCAUCAGCUGGUCUUUAUCAAGGACAGUGACGGGAGAUUUAAAAAAAAAAAAAGCCAAUUUGGGAAAUUCUGUUCGCAGAACAUAUGAAAUAUGUUUUAAUGAAGGGAACCCUUUACUUGAUGGUUUUGUUCUGUGUACUACAGGAAGGGCUGCAGAGUGUUUUGCAAUGACAGAUGAGAACAGACAACACUUGUAGUUCAUGUGGAACCCAAUGGGGUUUUUCUUGAAGGGUAAUGCUCUCAUUAGCACCUUUGCGUCAAUCUGAUGAGGCUCGAAACAACUACAGAAAAAGAAAAAAGUCGUGUUACUGCAACAGUUCUGCAAUUGGGCGAAGAGGGGCUGGUUGUUUUCACAGACAGCGGAAAUUUCCUCUGCAUUUAUAUUUCGGAAAGGUAACGAGUCGAUUGGGGAAAUGUCACUGAUUUGCCAUUUCCAUUUCAUUAACGAGACCCAAGAGGCUCCGUUGAGGGAUCUGGGUUCUGAGGUGUGAACUGAACAUGGAUCUAAAAUGAGGCGAGAUCAAGGAAGCAUUCAUUCCUCAGAGAGAGCGAAACGUCUCUGAAAUAUUGCUCCGCUAAAAGGGUCAUGUGUGUUUUUGAGCUUUUCCUUGUGUGCCUGUCUUACACCGAGGACUCUCUGUGUGAAUACAUCACAGACACACUGAGGUCACGCAGGCGUCAUGGAGGCACUCGCAUGUAAACAGCACCGUGUCUGGCUGCAGGCGUUCAUGUGUGGAUUUUCAGCCAUGUCUUUCUGUGAUGGGAAAAGGAGCGAUUCGCUUGACAAGGACACAUUUCUAGAUCUCUUUCUGCCACCGAAAUGUCAUCCAAAACUGUGUGGGCAGUUAUUCAUUUUCUAUUUUUUUUUACCUUUUUCAUUUUGGCUAUUGGGAUGAGGGUUUUAUUAAAGCCAAUAUACACAAUCCUA